AGCCUGGGUAAGCUGAGGGGAGGACUUCAAGGUUGGGAGGUCACAGUAUAAAAGCAAAGUGCAGGUAGUGGCUUGCACUCACACACUUUACCUGGUGUUCACUGGCAGUUCAGGAUUAAAGAAGGCAGCGGAGAAGACUCAUUGACAGAACUGAAGGCACGACUGGAUCUAUAACUUUGCUAUCAACAUGUCUAAGGUAUACAAGAAGACCAGCGGCAACGGAGAUAUCGCCCUGUACUUGGGGAAAAGAGACUUUGUGGACCAUGUGAACUCAGUGGAUGUAGUUGAUGGCGUUCUUAAAGUGGACCCCGCUAAUCUUGAUGGCAAAAAAGUAUUUGUCUACCUUGCUUGUGCCUUCCGCUAUGGAAGUGAGGAAUUGGAUGUUAUGGGGCUGUCCUUCAGGAGAGACAUCUGGAUCCAGCGUGUCCAGGUGUAUCCUCCUACAGGUGGAAGCCCAACCCUGUCACCAAUGCAGGAAAGCCUCAUGAAGAAAGUUGGAGAACAAGGAUGUCCCUUCUCCUUCCAGAUGCCAACAGAUCUUCCCUGCUCAGUCUCCCUACAGCCUGGGCCAAAUGAUUCAGGAAAGGCCUGUGGUGUGGACUUUGAGGUUAAAGGAUAUAUUGCAGACAAAGCUGACCCUUCAGAUGAACCAGCCAAGAAGGACACUUGUCGUCUGAUGAUCCGCAAAAUACAAUUUGCACCAGUUAACAACAAGGCCGGACCAAAGGCUGAGAUAUCCAAACAGUUUAUGAUGAGUGACAAACCUGUGAACCUGGAGGCCACCCUUGAAAAAGAGACUUAUUACCAUGGAGAGCAAAUCACCAUCCAUGUGAAAAUCAACAACCAAACCAACAAGGUUGUGAAGAAAAUCCAAGUCUCAGUUGAGCAGCUAACAAAUGUGGUGCUCUACUCAUCUGACACCUACACCAAGGCAGUGUCCACUGAGGAGUUUGGGGAGACUGUUGAAUCCAAUGGUACAUUAGAUAAGUCUUUCCAAAUAACCCCCCUGCUGGCCAACAGCGCAGACAAGAGAGGUCUGGCUGUUGACGGACGGCUAAAAGACGGUGACACCAACCUGGCAUCCACAACCCUGAGUCAAGGAGAAAAGGAAAUGCAGGGAAUCAUCGUCUCCUACAAAGUAAAAGUCAACCUAUUGGUGGCAGGCGGAGGCCUGCUGGGUGGACUUACAGGAAGCGAUGUCACAGUGGAGCUUCCUCUGACUCUGAUGUCCCCCAAACCCGCAGAAGUGUAAGUAUAAAAUAGUCUUUAUGAAAAACAUGCAUUCGCCUGUGGCUAACAUGUUGCUUAUAAUUUCUCCUGUGUGUUUGUUUUAUUUCUGAACCACAGCACAUUGGAUUAAAAGCCUAUUUGGUUCAGGUACGGUAACCACUGAUUUAGUAUGUUUACUUAAAUGCAUGUUAACUUCUUCAAGGGCUGCAAUGCAUGUAUUUUCUAUAAAUAAAUACAGAGUUUAAAUAUUACAAUGUUAUAUUAUUGAUACAAUCAAAGGACUUUUUUUAUUUGAAAGAUGAGCAUUAGCAAAGUUAAGGUUAUGAGGACUUCAGAAAGAAGCCCUUGAAUGAGUUUUACCUUUCGACUUUAAAUUUGUAUUAAAGAUUAUAUUAAAAGAUCUUAAUAUUACCAUCUUAGUGUAGUGUUGGACUUACAGAAUCCGUUGUUUGUUUCAUGCCAACAGAACAGACAUCUCAAUCGAAGCCAUGGAUGGUUAAGGUGACCAGCGAAGGAAAAUCUGCUCUCUGACAAAGAACUCAGAACACAAAGGAACUCAGUACCAGUGAAAAAAGCACAAAGUGUCAUUCAGUCUCUAAAAUGUUCUUAUUUCACAUGUUCAUAUACAGUUUUAUUAGGCAUUACCGUGAGAGCCCAAAAAGAGUUACUGAAAAAGAGUCUAAACUUUACAGUAAUGCCAUUAAAGCAAUAAUUAAAAA